AUGCGGGGUUAUGUGCUUUAUUUUCUACCCGUUUUUAUUCGUGCAUGUUUCGCUCUCUAUGGUGGUGAUGAUUCUGUUACUCGGUUAAACAGCGAAAAUUUUGACAACUUCGUUUCUCAGCCUGGAGUGACGGUUAUAAAGUUUUAUGCUAGUUGGUGCGGUCAUUGUGAAGGUUUUGCCCCCAAAUUUAGGAAGGCGGCUGGUAUUCUUCAAGCCUAUUUUCUGACGAUUCUUAUCACGAUUUCACUUGAUACUGGUGUUUACGUUUGUCAACAGGGUCUUGUGCGAUUUGGUGUGGUGGACAAUGAAGCUCACUCAGAUGUGGGCAAUCGGCUCAAUGUUGAAGCCUAUCCAACUAUUUUGGUGUUUCGCAGUGACAAAAGCCCUGACAAUCCCACCAAAUACACAGGACCUCGAACUACUGAUGAGCUCAUCAUUUUUCUAAUGGAACAAGUUCGCGAAUUUGUUGUCGCUCGUGCCAAUAAAGAAGGAGUUCAGCUUGAUUUGCCUUCGAGGCAAGCAAAUGCUGGCACUGGCGGGGCAACUUGUGGUGGCUCCCAAAGUCACACGGACGCACGCGACAAUCACUAUCAAAAUUCAGAGGCUGUCAUAACGUUGACUGAUCAAAAUUUUGAUUCUCUUGUCCUCCAAAGUGAUGAUGAUUGGCUGGUUGCUUUUAUUGCACCAUGGUGUGGUCAUUGCAAGAACCUAGCUCCAGAAUGGAAGAGAGCUGCUGAGAAACUCAAGGGCAAAGUGAAGGUUGGCACUAUCGAUGCAACUGUUCAUACUACCCUCGCUGGGAGGUACGAGAUAAGGGGCUUUCCCACAAUUAAGUACUUCAAGUCAGGUCACAUAGAGGAGUACAACGGAAUGCGCUCAUCUGAAAGCAUUGUGGAAUUCGGCUUACAAAAGGCAGAACUGAAUCGUCCACCGCCAAAGGUUAAUGAAAUUACCUCGAAUGAGGUGCUUCACGAGGCCUGUGACGACAAACAGCUUUGUAUCAUUGGUUUUCUGCCUCAACUACUCGACUGUCAAUCAAAGUGCCGCAAUGACUAUUUGGAUGUCAUGCAGGAGGCGGCCAAGAAGCAUAGAGGGAAAGACUGGGGAUGGCUUUGGUCCGCUGCACGCACGCAUAUAGAAUUGGAGGAGGCUCUCCAAAUAGGUGGAUUUGGUUACCCGACUAUGGUUGCGAUCAACAUGAGGAAACAGAAAUUCGCUGUGAUGCAUGGUCCCUUCGCAGCUGAUGGAGUGCGUGACUUUCUAUAUGAUUUGAGUCAGGGCCGGGGCUCCGUGUCGCUUAACUCCAUGUUAGCCCUACCUGAAAUUCAGUCCUCUUCGCCUUGGGACGGAAAAGAUGCCCCCAUGGUUCAUGAGGAGGAAAUAGAUCUUAGCGAACUCGGGAUAAGGAGUGAGCUGUAA